CCCAGUAAAGGAUUAACUGUUUACCUCCCUCGCGCUUGUGUUUCUUCUGGAUGUGCGCACGUGGUUUGCGAUUUAAGAAUCACGCUGGUCAAGACAUCACGGUAUACCGUACACCGUCCUGCUUCAUCACUAUUACAGUCCUGUACAGCACAGGCGUUGAGACUGACCAUACAGUUUGGUUUGAGCAGGCGUCAUGGCCGAGCGGGUGCUGGUGAUUGGCAGCGGUGGGCGGGAACACGCGCUGGCGUGGAAACUGGCACAGUCGCCACACGUGCAGAACGUCCUCGUGGCACCCGGAAACGCGGGAACGGCAGACUGCAGGAAGAUCUCGAAUUCUGCGGUGUCUGUCAGCAAUCACUCUAUUCUCGCACAGUAUUGUAAAGAUCACAAUGUCAUUCUGGUGGUUGUUGGUCCUGAGGUUCCUUUGGCUGCCGGUAUUGUGGAUGACCUGACGGCGGCGGGGGUGCCGUGUUUCGGCCCGUCUGCGAAGGCGGCACAGCUGGAGGCCAGUAAGAGUUUCUCAAAGUCCUUCAUGGAUCGCCACGGCAUUCCCACGGCACGCUGGAGCUCCUUCACGGACCCGCAGGACGCCUGCGCAUACAUUCGAGAAGCUGAUUUUCCAGCUCUGGUGGUGAAGGCCAGCGGUCUGGCUGCGGGGAAGGGUGUCGUAGUCGCUCGCGAUACUGAAGAGGCCUGCCGUGCCGUUCUGGACAUCAUGAAGGAUAAAGCGUUCGGUUCUGCUGGUGAGACUGUGGUGGUGGAGGAACUUUUAGAGGGAGAGGAAGUGUCUUGUUUGUGUUUCAGUGAUGGUAUCACCGUUUCACCGAUGCCACCAGCUCAAGAUCACAAGCGGUUGAUGGAUGGAGAUCAGGGACCCAACACGGGUGGGAUGGGAGCUUACUGCCCCACACCACAGGUCUCUGAGGAAAUGCUGCAGGAGAUAAAGAGAACGGUUCUUCAGAAAACAGUUGAUGGGAUGAGAGAGGAGGGGAUGCCGUAUGUGGGUGUGUUGUAUGCGGGUAUGAUGUUGACUAAACAGGGACCGAAAGUUCUGGAGUUUAACUGUCGGUUUGGUGACCCCGAGUGUCAGGUUCUGAUGCCUCUUCUGAAGACUGAUUUAUAUGAAGUGUUGAAGAACACGCUGGAGUCAAAUCUGAGCUCGACGACAGUGGAAUGGCUUCAAGACAGUUCGGCUGUGACUGUGGUCAUGGCCAGCGGGGGAUAUCCUGCGGCGUAUAAGAAGGGGCUGGAGAUCACCGGUUUGUCUCAGGCAUCUGAGAUGGGCGUUCAGGUGUUUCACGCAGGCACCGCUCUUAAGGAAGGAGGCGGGGUUAUUACUAGCGGGGGACGCGUGUUGACUGUCACGGCAGUGCGGCCCACCCUUGAGAGCGCCUUACACAGCGCCAAUGAAGGUGUUGCGGCGAUCAGCUUCCCUGACGCUGUGCACCGUAAGGACAUCGGUCACCGGGCCAUCGGUUACCUCACUCGCUCCAGAGGAUUGACGUAUAAAGACAGCGGUGUGGACAUCAGUGCUGGAAACACACUAGUGGACAUGCUCAAACCUCUGGCCAAAUCCACGUCUCGAGCAGGUUGUAACGCUGAGCUCGGAGGAUUUGCGGGACUCUUUGACCUGAAAGCAGCCGGUUUCAUCGACCCAAUACUGGUGUCUGGAACUGAUGGAGUGGGCACCAAACUCAAGAUCGCACAAGCGUGUAACAUCCACAACACUCUGGGUCAGGAUCUGGUGGCCAUGUGUGUGAAUGAUGUUCUGGCUCAGGGAGCAGAAGCGCUGUUCUUCCUCGAUUACUUCUCCUGUGGACGGCUGGAUGUGGAAGUGGCAUCUUCUGUCAUUGCAGGGAUUGCAGAAGCCUGUCAGGUGGCUGGAUGUGCUUUAUUAGGUGGUGAGACUGCAGAGAUGCCGGGCGUGUACGCUCCAGGAGAAUACGACCUCGCAGGGUUCUGCGUUGGGGCCGUUGAGCGAGGAGCCGUUCUGCCCAGAUUAAAGGACAUCAUGGAGGGAGAUCUGCUCAUCGGUGUGGCCUCAUCCGGGAUUCACAGUAACGGCUUCAGUCUGGUGCGGAAGGUCCUGGAGAGAUCCGGCCUUCAGUACAGCUCACCUGCUCCGUUCGGACAGCCGGGGCAAAACAUCGGUGAUGUCUUGCUCACACCGACAAAGAUCUACAGCCGUCUGCUUCAGCCAAUCCUGCGCAGCGGUGCGGUGAAGGCCUACGCCCACAUCACCGGCGGCGGACUGCUGGAGAACAUUCCUCGGGUUCUUCCUCCAGAACUGAUGGUGGAUCUGGAUGCAUCUCGCUGGCGUAUACCGCCCGUAUUCUCGUGGCUUCAGAGGGAAGGUGGUCUGUCUGAAGAGGAGAUGAGCCGUACGUUUAACUGUGGUCUCGGGGCCGUGCUGGUGGUCAGUAAGCAGGACGCUCAUAGGGUCCUGAGACUCAUACAGGCCCAGGAGGAGGUGUGGAUCGUCGGCUCGCUCGCUCAUAAACAGCUUGGAUCAGAAUCUGUGGUCAUCAGAAACCUGGAGCAGAGUUUAAAGGAAAGUCCCGGCCGUUCUCCAGACACCAGCAGGCUGCAGAACGGAGCUCUUCACGGAGAUCACGGCACACGGAAGAGGACCAGAGUGGCGGUUCUCAUCUCUGGAACUGGAACAAAUCUACAAGCUCUGAUGGUGCAGGCAAAGAAACCGUCCAGUUCAGCUGAGAUAGUGGUGGUCAUCUCUAACAGACCGGGUGUGCUGGGGCUGAAGAGAGCUUCAUUGGCGGGAAUACAGACACGGGUGGUGGAUCAUAAGCAGUACGGCAGCCGGGCGGAGUUUGAUGGCACUAUAGAUAAAGUUCUGGAGGAGUUCGGGGUCGAACUGGUUUGUCUGGCUGGAUUUAUGAGAAUCCUAACUGGACCUUUUGUGAGGAAAUGGAACGGAAAGGUGUUGAACAUCCACCCGUCACUGCUGCCGUCGUUUAAAGGUGUCAACGCUCAAAAGCAGGCGCUCCAGGCUGGGGUUCGGGUCACGGGGUGUACUGUGCACUUUGUGGCUGAGGAAGUUGACGCAGGAGCCAUCGUGGUACAAGAGGCGGUUCCUAUUCUUGUGAGUGACACAGAGGAGAGCCUAUCAGAGCGCAUUCUUGAGGCGGAGCAUUGCGCCUUCCCAGCAGCCUUGGAGCUCGUGUCCAGUGGUGCGGUGAAGCUGAGAGACGACGGUCGGAUCGUGUGGAAUUAG